AUGGAGCAGCUCGUGUUGCCUGCUCCGCCGUGCGCUGUCGACACUGCUGCACGUGUGGAGAGCUUGAAGCGGCAGUUGAAAGAGACUGUUAAGGGGCUCCGCACCACGUCGCAGCGGCAGCGACGUUUCAGAAAGCGGGAGAGUUCCUGCGGACUGGGGCCGGCAGCUUGCAAACAAGUCCUUGCCGCCUACAUCCUUUCCGAGUAUGAUGUGAGCAAGGCGGCCACUCUGGCGCAGCACCUUGCAUCAGCUGCAAGCUCCGGACAGCGUUUGCAAGCAAGCGAACGCUUCGUUGAAGACAUUUUCCUAGCGGCUUCUCAAGAAGAUAUCCUGAGUGUCUCCUUUCCCAGGAACCAAGCGUGGCAGUCGGCUGUUACGAAGGCUGCCAAGUUCCUCGCAGAGGAAGCAGCACUGACCUGGGUGGGUGUGCAAAACUACCAACAUGGUUCGGCGCCUACAGCCCGGGAAGUUUUCUUGCAGGUCAGGUUGCGCCAGACUGGAGGAAUCAGCGACGAGGAUGGCAUGCCCCGUCAGCGAAGCAUCAAUGCCUGGGCUGCCCGGUGGAGGCAGCGGUGGGGUGUCCAGCGCCGUGCAUUGAAAUUUCAGGAGGACCUCGAGCCGGACACCGUGGUCAAGAAGGUGUCAGUUUUUUGGCAAUGGUUGCGGUACCGUCAGCAGCAAUGCUCGCCAAAGCAGGUCUUGAUGCUGAACCUGGACGAGACAUCCAUCGGGUAUCUGGCUCGGCCGUGUUCCGGAAUGGUUCUGUCACGCAAAUACUGGAAUGAGCAAGGUUUGGAGCCACGCAUCCGGGUCAAGAAAUCAGAAACUCGUGGCGCGGCGACAUAUGUGGCCAUCAUUGCCAACAAUGCAGGAAUUCAAGCAUGUUUACCUCAUUUCCUUAUAGUGAAUGAGAACAAGCUAACCAGGACUCUAGAGCGACAGGUGGCCUCGCUGCCAGCGAGUCAUCUGCAAGUAUGGCGCCGGAAGAGCGCAUGGAACACUGCAGAUUGCAUGGUCGAGAUUCUCCAACAUUUGGGAACCCAUCUGGCUCCAUGGUUAGCCACCUACACUCCAGUACUCCUCCUUGACCAAGCUCCAUGUCACUUGCCUGCGAAGGUCAUGGAAACGGCCAGAGACAACCAUAUCCACUUGGUCUAUAUUCCGGCAUCGCUCACUUCGAUACUGCAACCCCUUGACAUCGCUGCCUUCUCCAGCUUAAAGAUGUGGUGGGCGGCAAAGUUUCAGGCGCUACGACAGGCGUCUGACAACUCCGAAGUGUCUGAGAUUGCAUGGAUGGAGCUGCUCCGGACGGUUCCUCGCAAAUUUUUCGCAGCCAGAUCGUGGUCACGAGCCUUUGCUGCUGUAGGAACAACAGGGGAUGUUGCAGUCCUCAACCGAGCGCUGAAACGGCAGCUCGGCGAUGCUGUGGCUAUGAGCAGCCCAGACAAGCCUACACCAGAGCAGCUAAGCUGCAUCUGGCUGAAAAGGCGCCGCAUGGAGUAUGCCUAUCCUUUGCUCAUGCAACCUGGAUGCUGA